AUGGUCUGCACGGUGGCCAGGUACCCGUCUGACAGGAUGGCGGCUUUCGCCUUCUCCUCCACCACGGCGGCCGCGGCCACGCCCGAUGAUGCACGAUGGAGAGUUCGAUUCGCAGCGGAUCUGGUGACCGCACGCCGCGUCACGCUCGACGACGGCGAGCUAUGGCUACACGGGGACGCCCUCCGGAUCGUGCUGCUCGACGCAAGGGGACACGCGGUGGAUGCUCGCUACCUUCGCCCUGGUGAGUGGAUCGAUAUCGGCGAUAUUGUUGCAUUUCCCUGCCACUUUGCUAGGGUUUGUGACAGAGCUCCGGCGAUCGGCGGAAAUUCCGGCGAGAACGCGCCGCCGCAUGGCCUGCUGUACGGGAGAGCGGUACACGGGAGCGGUCGUGCUGAUCGGGGCGCACACCGCCGAACACCACAUAUGACGGAUGGGCCCGGGAUCCUGGGGCGCGGACCGGUCCACCAUGGCGCGGAUGGGCGACACAUAGGCGAGAGCAGAUCCGACCGCCAUGAGAGCGGCGGAGUUAGGGUUUCUGGGGGCGCCGUGGGUAUAAAACGCACGGCAGCCACCCCUUCCUCCAUUUUGGAUCUCGACGAGGGGCUCGCUCACUUCUGGAGCGCUCUGCGUCUUGUCAGAUCUAGGGUUCGUCCAAAUUUCGAUUGGUGGGAGGGCAAAAUCCAUGGCGAUUUGCAUUCCUUUGCCCAAGUAGUUGCAUCUCGAUCCCCCACAAACACUCCUGCUAGAGCCAGAGAGAAACCACCGGAUAGAUUGCUCGCGAAUCCUGUUGCUAGAUCCAAAGAGAAGUCUCCUGUUAGGAUGAGAGGGGAUGGGUUUGGUGCGGGCCGCCAGGGGCGUGGCGCCGGGCGUUUCGACCGUGUUCGCGGCCGUGGAUUCGAUUCCCACGUCUGGAAGCGCAAGACGGAGAUGGGGAGCUCCUCCACCACCAACGACAAGUGGGAAGAGGCGGCCGACAACCUGCAGGACACUCAGGAGCCGGUGGCGACCGGAGGGCAACAGGCAGCUCUCCCCCACCGUCAAGAGAUCCAAGGUGGGGGCUCCAGAAGUGAGAAAGAUCACCACACCAUCGACAAGAACAAUCCUACUGCUGGUAACCGCGAGUACUCCUCCUCUGGCACUGUUGUUCCUCCUAGUGAUGCUUGUCAGAUCUGCCAUUUGCUUGGGCACUUUACUGUUAGAUGCCCUCAGGCGUUCUGUGAGAGAUGUAAAAAGAGGGGUCAUCUGUCUUUUGUCUGCAAUGAGUUCUUCCCUUGGGAUCACACACCUGUGAUGUGUGCAUUUCAAACUAAGGGUCAGGGUUUCUUUUACAUCCCUGAUUUUAGUGUGGAUAGACAGAACAGGGAUAAUAUUUUCAAUAUUGUUGUCACCAUUACUGAUGGCUCGGCUUUGACCAAGGAUAUUGAACACGAGCUGAGCGUGUAUGUUGGUCAGGGGUGGCGUUGCUCUGCUAGAUUCUUUGCUCCACAAAAAUUCUUUAUGAGAAUGCCGAACCCUAGAGAGGUUGAGAGAGCUCUUUUUGUUGAACAUAUUAAGCUGAAAAAGUGUGGGGUUAGUGUUAAAUUCUCUCCUUGGUCUGAAGAUAUUGAUUCUGAGGGACUGCUUGAAAUUGCCUGGGUCAAGAUUGGAAAAAUUCCAUCUAACAAGAGAUGUGAUAAGACUAUAGCUUAUGUGGGAGCAUUAGUUGGGAUUACUCUGGAAGUUGAUAUGUCAACUAUAAAUCGCCCCUCUUCUGUCAGAGCUAAGAUUGGGUGUAGGUCGAUAGCUCAGCUUCCUGCCACUGCUGAAGGAGUGCUGGCAGGACGUUUCUACAGGUUUACUUAUGAGGUUGAGGAGGUUUUGGGUGGCAAGGCCUGUCGCCUGCUAUACGAUGACAAUGAGGGGUCUCCUUCUACUGAAAGUGAUGGGGAUAAUUCCCUGCUUAUUGAAACAAUGCAGAGAGAGAUUGAGGAGAAAAUGAGGGAAGGGGAGGUUGAUUCUUCCCGCUGGAUUGUUCCCAGGAAUCCUGAUAUCAUGGAGAAUGCUGCGCAAGAUAUUCAGAUUGUGGAGGUAACUGGUGAGGUGGAUCCUGGGAUGAAGACUUCAUGCAGUUAUGUGGUACAACUCCCAUCUCCUGAAAGCAUUGAAGAGAUCAUUCUCACUCCCCCACUAGCACCUGAAGCCCCACUGAGGUUCAGCAAGCGUAACAUCUCUGGAAUGCAGGACAAGGUGGAGGACAGGGCUAAGAAAAUGGCCAGCAAGAAAAACCUGGAAGGUAACAAUGCCCCUACUUUCAAGAAUUCUUUUGAUGCACUUUCCAAUGAUGAGUUGAUUAGUAGAGCAAAUUUGAUAGGGGUGGAAAUACCCAAUGACGAUUUUGCUGUCGUUGACAUUAUUAGAGAGCUUGAGUGUGCCCGGAAAGAAUUAAAUGACAAAAACACAAUUAAUAAUACUGAUAAUGAGCAAGAUGUUUUGAUUGUAACAAAUGCUUUGGGUAAGGAAACUCCUGUGAGCUUAGAUUGGCUAGACCAGGAAGAACACAUUUAUGAGCGUAUCUCUUCUGCUAAGCCUAAAAAGAAAAAACAGAGUAAAUCCAAUGUUAAGAUCCCUAGGCCUGUGACUAGGAGUCAGAAAAGGGAGAGUACUGAGGAGGAUUUAAAAUGUAACCCUGCCCCGUCUCCUGGUAGGGUUACUCGGACCAAAUUCCACAAAAAACGUUCCAAAUGA